UCGGUCGCGGGGCAGAAGCAAGGGUCGCGCACGUGUCAGAGGAUGGGGCGAUGCAGCUGAGCGGCUACUUCCUCAUAUCGACGGUGGCGCUGACGGCGCUGGCCACCCUGACCCUGUGCCUGGCCAUCGUCAGCGACACCUGGGAACUGAUCGAGUUCGACAGGGACAGGGUCGAGCAGGUCACGCGUGCCCACAACGACACGCACACCCUGUUGUGGCUGUUCGGCGGUCUCGCCGCCAGGGUCACCGUCACGCGACCGGCGCCGCACGCCGCGGUGCCCGUGCACCGGCACGUCAUGGAGGUCACCAGGCUGCGGCGCCGUCGGGAGGUGACCUCGACCGACGCGGUCACCGACGCGCCGCCUGCCUCCGUGUCCAACGUCUUCCUCUUGCCCAUGCGCGGAGGACUCUGGACCUUGUGCGUCAACCUCGACGAGGACCAGCGACGAAAUCUGCAGUCUUUGGGCUUCACAGAGGCCAACUGCAUUCACUACAUGUCUGCUGAUGUAGUCAGAGUUGAAGAUGGACGUGCAGACUGGCAGCACAGAAUGCAGAAUUUGUCGAUAUCAUGCGCCCUUGUGUGCCUCAUCAUUCUCGGUUCGUCAGCGCUUGUUGGACUUUUAGGCGUGGUCAAGCAUCAAAUCAGCGCGGUUUUAAUAACUGGAGUCAUGUACCUGUUAGCAGCGACUUUCGCCAUGUUUUCGCUGGUGAUAAUGCACUUCAAGCGUCAGAGCAAGAAGGGUUGCGGCCUUCCCGAGGUGGUGCGUUACGUGGCGCCCGAGUACUACACGGCGCGCGUCUUCUCCAACGGCUGGAGCCUCGAGGUCGGCUGGCUCGGCGUCGUCCUGUGCGUCCUCACCAGCGGCCUCUGGUUCCUGCUCUCCAAGAUCAUGAGGUACAACCCGCUCGUGUCCCUCAUCAGCUCCUAGUGCCGGUCGACGCACCCAAAAAUUGCAUGAAAUUUGAGACCAAACCAACUGACUUUGUCUAACGAACAACAUUUUUCGGCGCACAAAAAAGUGGAAAUUUUUAAUUCUUUUUAAGAUAACAUAAAUUCAAUCUCAAUAAUUCACUCUCAAUAAUUAUGAAGUUCAAAAAAACAAAGUGAAAUUUUCAUGUAGUUUGAAACAAACACUUGCAAUUAUAUUAUAAAUGCAUAUGCCUUAAAUUUUAAGAAAAUAAGCAAAAUAUUUCUCGGCACAGCAGGGAAAUAAUUAAAGUCGUUGAGAUGUAAAUUAUGCUGGACCAAAUCUUCAUUAAGAGUAGGUAAAAUUCAAAAUGUGUGAGAAAUAUUUAAGCUGUAUCAGUUUUGGUGAAAAUCAACUUUUGCAUGUCGUCGGCCUAGUCGUUUUAAAAUGCUUAUUCUAGAGUUGCAAAUUUAGAUGGAAUUAAUGCAGCAAUUAUUAUAAAUAUAGUGUCAAUAAAUCGUCAAUUAGUGGAACAAAUUAACCCCUAAGCUUGUCAUUAAUUAUUUUAAGUAUUUAAUUUCUUUAUAGUAAGAUUAAUUCAAACAAUGCUUAUUUGAAAUUUUUAAUGUAUAAUAAUGUUGAAAUCUUAAAACUGGAUCUCAUUGUGGCUGUAAUUUUAGAUAUUACAAGUAUGCAUUCUUAAUGGGUUUUGCAAUUAUUAAUUAUGUUAAAUUUGGAACUUGCAUGGAAAAAUGAUGAUGGAAAGCGUUUGCUGUAAAAAUGCCUUUGACCUAAUCUUAAGGAACAUUUUUUUUAUAAUAAUUACUUUCAUGGCAGAUCUGAUAAAUAUAACGCUGCUGCAUAUGGGGUCUAUUCAGUGAAAAAAGUAAGCGAACUUGAUAUUUGGUUUUGAAGAAGGAAUAAAAUAAUGACCCCAAUUAAAAAAAGAAAAUGUUUUAUAUAGAGAAACUCAUGUUGUUCCCAGUUUUAUCUUAACGGAGUGGAAAAUAUCUUACAUUUUUUGUUAUCUUCUGUAUUUUUCAUUGUAUCUUUCCUAUUGAUAUGUUUCAAACAAUUACAAAAAUAAAUUGUCAGAGCUUUAAUUACAAAACUUGUAUUUAUCUCAUAUUAUUUUUCACUUUGAAAUAAUCAGGGAUCAGAUAAAACACUGUUGGUAGUUAA